AAAAAUGCGGGAGGCGCCGCCAUUUGCCAAAACUUCCGUCAACAAACGUAAAAAAAAGAAGCCGCAGUUUUCUCUCCCUCGGUAGACGAAUGUUUUUCCGGCGGGAAAUGAGAUGGCGUCCGAAGUUAGGUUACGGGACUAGAGCGGAAAGAAUGGGAACGAACGGUCGAGAAGGGGAAGGGGUGGCCGAGGAGGGGGAGAGGGGAUCUAACCGGCGGACGGCGGCAUUUUUAUUUAUCGAAAGAAGCGAUUCGGGUUAUCAGCCAACGGCAGCUAUUUGCGCGGUCCCCAGUCAAGGUCGCCGACGACUUAACAAUAGUUUCCUCCUUAUUUAUAGACUCGCUUUUAAAAUUUUCGAGCAAAUGAAUCGGUCGUGCGGCCUAACGAUUUUCCAAAAACAAACGAAAAGAUCUGUAGACAAGUAGACAAAUCGAUUAUAAAUGGCUUGUGACUGCAGACCCGUGGACUGGGUUCUAAUUCCUUUGAAGAUAGUCGUAUUUCUCACUUUUGCCGCCGUUUCCAGUCUUCUUCCUUUCUUGAAUAUUCACAUGAAGUAUCUCGGCUUCACCGUACACGAAACGGCGGUCAUCUGCAGCGUUUUACCGCUGACUCAGAUCCUGAGUUUUCCUCUGAUCAACAACGCGGUCAAGAAAUUGGGAAGCUAUCGAAGCCUCUUGAUCUAUUCUCUGGUUUUCAUCCUGCUCUUCGUUUCGGCUCUCUUGAUCUUCCCGUUUCUGCCACCUCCGGAACACCGACAACAUUCCCUGCAUCUCGUCUGCGGCACGAAAAUAAAACCCUGGAUCAUCGUGGAUAAGUGCGGGGAAGAGAGAACUUGUAGUCCCGUGCAGGGAAACGACAUCAUCAAUUUACAGUUUACGGCCUGCAGCGUCCAGUGUCCGAACCACGGAGCCGAUCUGCAAGAACCCGUCAACGUUGCCGAUUUAUGUUUCGACGACGAAGUGGGCCGGGUCUGUCACGUGGUAGAGGUUAAUAACACUCUGUCCGAAAAUUUCACCUUCGGACUCUAUCUGAAUUCUCCCGAAGACAGGAGUACGGAUUGCUAUUAUCCGGUGGAUGCGGUGACUUGGCAUCAACUGGUGUUUCAUCACAUGUCUUGUCCCAUCAUAAUUCCUCAUUUAAACAAGGGAAAUUGUUCCUUAAAGUGUCGAUUCCAAGAAGUCAACGACGUAACCUCUACGUUAUCCUUCGACAACGAAGAAUGCGUUUACGUCGGAUACAAGAGGUGGUUAUUUUUUAGUCUGUAUUUGGUUCUUCGCUGUUUUAUACACUUGCUGGUGGCCGUAAUUCUUCUCCUCUUGGAAAACAGCUUAAACGUCGCCACCGAAUUUGCCGACGGGAGAUACACCAUGCUAAACGUGUAUAACUCGUUAGCCACCGCAGUGUUUCCUCCUUUGGUGGGACUGGUGGUGGAUAUCAACCAUUCGGAUUACAGUUACGCCGUCUACGUAUUCAACAUUCUCGUAACCGUCGUUAUCGUAUCGGUGGUGGUUCUCGACGUUCAACUUUACCCGCUUCCCAGAAAUGGGAUCGACGAUUUAAAACAACUUUCGUGUCACGCCGAAUACGUCAUGCUGGUAAUAAUCAUGUUUUGGAUCGGCACGAUGUGGGGAUACCUGGAAACCUUCCUCUUUUGGUAUUUGCUAGACUUUAACACGCCGAAGUAUAUACUCGGUUUGACGAUAACCGCGGGAUCUUUAAGCGGGAUACCUUUAUUAAAGAAAUAUCGUCCGAUCGCAAAAAAGUUCGGAUGCGCCAACAUCUUGUGUCUGUCGCUCUUCAUGUACUGCGGAAGAUACAUAUGCUACUCUUUGAUCACCGACGGAUGGUGGAGCGUGCUUUUGGCGGUGACGGAUUUGCUCACCUACCACUUGAUGUCGGUGGCAUCUAGUUUAUAUUGUUCCUACGUAAUUCCCAGAAACCUCAUCGGAUCCGGCGGAUCUCUGUUGAAAGUGGUCCAUUAUUCCAUCGGGAGAGGAACCGCAGCCAUCGUGGGAGGAGGCAUCAUGGGCACGUUCGGCGCGCCGGUCACGUUUAGAGUAUUGGGAGCCAGUUGCGGAAUACUCGGACUUCUGUAUCUACUGGCUGUCUACCUCUUAACUUGUAAAAGAUCUCUAGAAAAUAAUUCGGAAAACGAUUCGAAAAUAGAAGCAGAGAUAUGGGAGAUAAGAGAAGAAAGAAUAAACGGCGCCGCUACCCGCGACACAAACUCCGAAUCCGACAAGAACGAAGAGACGAGCUCCAACCUACUGCGCGAAAUCUCGGACGAUCGCUCUCGAGAAGAGCUAGAAGAAUCGGCGGCGUUACGGAGAUCGGACCGAGGUAUUUUCGGUCGAUCCGGCGACAGCGUCAAAAAAGAGAAACCCCUCGUCGCCGUUCACCGCCAAAAUACUUCGUAAACGGAGUUAAAACGCUCGGCGCCCAACACCGGUUUCUAAACGCUCCAUUUCUCGAACGUUCCGACAAUUUAAAAACGGGACGGGACAAUAUCCGUCGCGUCGUCUGUAAAUAUUGUUGUACGUAUUUUGUAAUUUAAUAAAGUUGUCGGUCGGCAUCUUAAUAUAUGUACAAACGAGAAAUAAAAUCGGCUCG